CUAAGAUCGCAAAAUUUUUGGCACGAACUCUGUGUGAGCACAAUAGCGAACAUCAUGGAUGUGUCAUUGGUGUUGAAAUGUUUUAAAUAAAUUCUGUUGUUUAUUAAUUUGUCUCAUUUUUGAGAUUUUUAUUAAUCGGUGUGCAACAAUUUUAGAUUUAUACGGAAUAUUCAUUUCUUUAAAAAGUGAUCGAAGAGUGCGAUCCGACGGUGUCGCUUCGACGAAUCUGUACUUGAAGAGAGUCAAAAUAUUAGGUUAGAUCGUAAACUUACAAAAGUGAAUAUACAUGUGUGUAUCUUGAACAUUGAGCGACUAAAAGAUGUUGGACUGUUUGUAGCAUAUAACUUCAAAUCGUGAAUUUUCACACGUUCUUUCACCGUUAAACAUAUAUAUAUAUAUAUAUCGACUCUUGUGUAAAAAUGUCGAACGAAAAUAGAGGACCUAUUCCGUCUCGUUGGCUUCACUGCCCGCGCAAGGCUAUGAAGUUGAUCCAGAACAAAUUUUUAGCAUUCAAAACGCCCUUGUGCUCGGCUUAUGACGGCCAAGUGCCCGAGGAAUGUCGCUUCAACGUCGACAUGCUCUUCCAAUACCUGAAAAGUCAAAAAAUGAAGAUGGGUUUGUGGAUAGAUUUGACGAAUACAACCAGAUUCUAUGAUAAACAGAGUAUAGAAAAUAAUGACUGCAAAUAUUUGAAACUGCAAUGCAGAGGUCACGCUGAGACUCCCUCAGAGGAACAGACUCGUACGUUUGUGCAACUUUGCAAGAAUUUUAUUGCACAUAAUCCGUUAGACAUAAUUGGUGUACAUUGUACACACGGUUUCAACAGGACUGGAUUUCUCAUAAUCAGUUAUCUAGUAGAAAUAAAUAAUUCUAGUGUUGACGCCGCGAUAGCAGAAUUUGCUACCGCAAGACCUCCUGGAAUUUACAAAGGUGAUUACAUAAAGGAGUUGUAUAGGCGGUACGAUGACGAGGAAGAUGCUCAACUUCCACCUGCCAGACCGGCAUGGUGUCUGGAAAGCGAUGACACCGAGGAUACGGAUGAAGGACCAAGCACGGAGGAUAAAAAUGGCCAUCAAGAAGAAAGAGGAAAGAAAAGAAAACGUGAAUAUAUGAAUAAAAAUCCCGUAUUUAUGGCUGGUAUACCUGGCGUUACUCCUGUAAACGAAAGAACAAGACUGUCGGGAAUACAGAAACGAGUUCAGGAAAUUUGUGGAUGGACAUCUACAGGAUUCCCUGGAUCUCAGCCGGUAUCAAUGGGUGUAGAGAAUAUGACAUUGUUGCGCGAAAAGCCAUAUCGAGUAUCCUGGAAAGCAGAUGGAACGAGGUACAUGAUGUUGGUACAAGGAGAUGGAGAUGUGUACUUUAUAGACAGAGAUAAUAGCGUCUUCCAAGCAAAUGGUUUGAUCUUUCCACAUGUUCGAGAAGACAGAUGUCUGAGAGAUACUCUAAUGGAUGGUGAAAUGGUGAUCGACAAGGACAAAGGCAAAGAUAUUCCUAGAUAUUUAGUAUACGAUGUUGUUAUGUAUGACGGGCAAGAUGUCAGUAAAUUGCCAUUUCAUCCCGAUCGUUAUUCUAUUAUUGAGAAUAAGAUAAUAGCUGGUAGGCUAAGGGCUAUGAAAGAAGGACGACUGAUGAAGGAACGAGAACCAUUUUCUGUGCGUUUGAAAUAUUUCUGGGAUGUGACAUUGAGCAAGAAUCUGCUGAGUGAAAAAUUUGCCAAACAACUUUCUCACGAGCCGGAUGGUUUGAUAUUUCAACCUGCUAAAGAAAAAUAUUGCACAGGAGUAUCGCGAGAGGUGUUGAAAUGGAAACCGGUAUCGUUAAAUUCGGUAGAUUUUCGUUUGAAAAUUGUCACGGAAUCAGGAGUUGGAAUUGUACCGCGCAAAGUUGGACAUCUUUACGUGGGCGGACUGAAGACGCCGUACGGUACGAUUAAUAAAAUCUCGAGGCAGCUCAGGGACUUGGACAACGCGAUUAUCGAGUGCAAAUUCGAACACGGUCAAUGGGUUUUUAUGCGUCAACGUACGGACAAGUCGUUUCCUAAUUCCUUCGAUACCGCGGAGUCUGUGUGCAAAAGCAUCUGCAAACCGGUUACGAAAGAGCUGCUCUUGGAUUACAUUGACAAAUACAGAUUUGUACAGAACGAUACGGAUCUUAUGCCACCACCCAAACAAAGAAGACUUAAUUAUCGUACAGUGCUAUUGUGGUACACGAAAGAUUUCACAGCGAAAGAUCGCAAAUCUCUGCGCGUUAAUAUAGAAUUCGAUCACGCAACUCUAAUACGCUGGUCUCCGGAUGGAAAAGCUUUUAUUAUUCACAAAGCUUUGGCUAAUACGAUCGAGGUAUACAAGAUCACGAAGAAACCUGACGGUCAUUUGGCGUCUGCAACCAAGGCACUGGAGUUUCCGCAGCGUCAUACCGAAGACGUCGUCGGAAUGGACAUAGCGUGCACCGGAAAAUACAUAAUCACGUGUAGCAAAGCAAACGAUCUUGUUGUAUGGGAUUUAAAAGGACAACCAUUGACAACCAUAGAGCUGCAUCUUGGAUCUACCUAUCGCGCGCGUAUAUCACCUUGCGGCCGAUUUGUUGCUGCCUCUGGUUUCACACCGGAUGUGAACGUAUUUGAGGUGGUGUUCAACAAAUCUGGAGAAUUCAAACAUGUGGCUAAAGCGUUUGAUCUCGGCGGGCACACGUCCGGAGUGUACGACUUUGGUUUCAACGCGGACUCCAGUCGCAUGGCUACCGUGUCGAAGGACGGAACGUAUCGCUUCUACGACACGAAAAUCGAAUAUGAGAAAGGUGAAGAUCCGCACGUUUUAAUGACCGGAACGUGGGACACCGCGACUCCGGCAAGCCUUGUUCUUUCUCCAGACGCGGAUGUUUUGGUAAUUGCUCACGGAUCAUCCGUAUCCUUUUAUUCGACCAUCACUGGCGCUCUGGAUACCACCAUAGACGACAUCUUUUUGGGACCCAUAACGUGUUUAACGUUCGACGCGAUGGGAGAAUAUUUAUUGGUUGCGGGUGACAAACACAUUCAGAUCUUUCGUAACGUUACCGGAUACCGAACUGCAAUAGAAUCCGCUAAACGCAAAUUGGAGCAGAGACAGACGCAGGCAACGAAGGAACGCCUUGAGAAAUUGAUUCGCGACAAUAAGGAGCUGCUUGAAAAGAUUGGAGAGAAAUGUCCAUAAAAAAGAAAAAAAAUUAUUGACAUGCUCUUUCCUGUUACUUUUAUGGUGCAACAAAAACUACCGGCUACGAAUACAAUAAAAAUUAUUUUUGAGAGUCUAAUACUUUCUAUAUUGUGUAAAUAAUAAUAAUAAUAAUAAUAAUAUACAUGAAGGAAUUUGCCUAUUUUUUGCCAAAAUAAAGG